ACAGAAGUUGGCUCCCUGAACUGGGACCACCGCGGCUGAUCUGCAGCACAUCCAGUUAGCGCAUGUCAACGCGUUUAGUCGAUCCAGGCAGUGCAGUGAUCUACCCGCUGGGUCCUCAGUAACUCCGUCUUGUGGUGGCCGACUAGCUGCCUGUGUGACAGCGGCAGGCAGCCGAGCUAACAGGGCUAGCAGCCGCUCGCUGAAACGUGCCUGGAGCUGGUGGUUUGAGUCCAUGUUCCUAGCUCGGUCCUUGGUCAAGAUGUCAGGUCACAAUCCUUUGAUGCGGCUGGAGCAGCGAGCGGCCGAGGCUGACCAGAUCAUUGAGUACCUCAAGCAGCAGGUCCAGCUGCUCAAGGAGAAAGCCAUUGUCCAGGCCAAUAUCAGAGAAGAGAAGAAACUGAUGGUGGAGAAUGCCAAACUGAAGAAUGACAUUGAGGAACUGAAAAAACAGCUGCUGGAGAAAGAGAAAAGGAGGGGAGUUCGAGACGUGGCCAUGCCUUCAGGCCAGAUGAAUGUUGAGUGCUGUUCGAAGCCCUCUGAGCCCUCGGGCCCCGCUGUCUCUACCUCCCCUGCUGAUGCUGCCAAGAGCCCCCCUCCCAAAGAUGAGGGCAAAAAGAAGAAACCAGAGAAAAAAGGAGGGGAGAAAGCAGAGAAAAAACAGGCAGCCCCGAGCCAGGAGGACGCCAAGGUGGAUGUGUCUCGUCUGGACAUGCGUGUUGGACGUAUAAUCUCAGCCCAGAAGCACCCGGAUGCAGACUCGCUAUACGUGGAGCAGGUUGAUGUGGGAGAGGCUUCUCCCAGGACGGUCGUCAGCGGGCUGGUUAAGCACAUACCUCUGGACCAGAUGCAGAACCGCAUGGCAGUGCUGCUGUGUAACCUGAAGCCAGCCAAGAUGAGAGGUGUAGUGUCCCAGGCCAUGGUCAUGUGUGCCAGCUCCCCGGACAAGGUGGAGAUUCUUGACCCCCCAAGUGGUGCCAUGCCUGGGGAGAGGGUUACUUUCCAGGGAUUCCCAGGUGAACCAGACAAAGAGCUGAACCCCAAGAAGAAGGUGUGGGAGCAGAUUCAGCCAGACCUACGCACAGAUGGCCAGUGUGUUGCAACCUACAAGGGAGCUGCCUUUGAAAUCACCGGCAAGGGAGUGUGCAAAGCCCAGACCAUGAACAACAGUGGAAUCAAAUAAAAUAACAAAGCGGCUUGAAAUAGACCACUGUUUAUUUAGCUAUCUGCAGUCAUGAUGAUUAUGGUGCUAAGAAGCAGGAUGGUGAUGAAUGCAAACCAAUGUUUUGAAGAUGUUUAAUAAAAGAGUUUAAAAGUUA